AUGGACUUCCGCUCCUGCCCGAAGGACAAGCGCGGUUUCGACGAAGCCUGCGUGAUCGUGGAUCGCUUGACGAAACGGGUGAUCUCGAUUCUCUGCCAUAAGAAUGUGUCUGCAGUUGAUAUGGCCCAGCUCUUCCUCGAAUAUAUAUAUCGGUGGGUAGGGCUGCCGGAGUCAAUCCUUUCGGACCGCGGAGGCCAGUUUGUCUCUUCUUUCUGGGAGGAGCUCUGCUUACGGCUGAAGAUCAAGCGCAAACUAACCUCGGGACAGAAGCCCUCUACAAACGGCCAUACAGAGAUCGUUAAUCAGUAUCUUGCCCAGAAACUGCGUCCGUUUGUAAACUACUAUCAGGAUAACUGGUCGGAGCUGCUACCGGUUAUAGACUUUGCUUACGCCGUCCUUGAAUACGAGUCAACCGGGUUAUCUCCUUUCCAGGUGAAGCGUGGUUAUGAGCCCCGGGUCUCCUUUGACUGGAUCUCGCCUUCAAAGCCUCGAGAUAAGCCCCAGGAUCAAGCCGAAGCUCGCCGUAUUGCUCGCAAUUUGGAGCAAAUCUGGGACUACGCUAGGGGUCAAACGAAACUGGCUCAGGUAAAGAUAAAAAGGCAGGCCGAUAAGCAUCGUAGGCCCGUGGACUUCAAGACCGAGGAUUGGGUCUACGUAACUACUAAAGACUGGGAGUUGGACCGUCCAAACCGCAAGUUCGGCGACCAAUGGGCUAGCCCGUAUGAGAUUAUCGAGCAAAUCGGCUAUGCCUUCAAGCUUCGCCUACCUCCUACGCUUCGAGUUCAUCCCGUUUUUGCGCCAGAAAAGCUCCGAAAAGUUACUGAUUUGACGCCUAUGCCGGGUCAAAUUCGUGAUCCCGAACCCCCGAUGGAGGUGCAGGGCGAGCCCGAAUGGCUCGUUGAUAAGAUUCUUUCUUCUUGCAUGUAUAAUAAGAAACUGCGCUAUCGCGUGCAGUGGGAAGGGCAUCCUCCUGAUCCUGCCUGGUAUCCGGUAUCUAAUUUCCGCAACGCUCCAGUUAAGUUGCAGGAAUUUCAUGAUCAAUAUCCCGAGAAGCCCGGCCCUCCCCGGCGCCUGGCUAACUGGCUCGCUGCCGCGGCUAAUGAUGAAUUCCUUGACGAACACAACGAUGACGAUUUACCUGUUUAA